GUCGGUCCAAGAUCCCAAAAACUUUCCUCCUCCGCCCCAUUUAACAGACCUUUGUGUAUAAAUUCAAUUAACAAUCAGUCGAAGUCCACAACUUUCACUCUUUCAAUAAUCUAUUUUGACCGUUGAUUUCUCAGAUCUGAGAUUUUUGGUUGUUGGCUCGAUUGCAAAUUUUAGUUGAUUCGUCGUCGGAGAUAUGGCAGCGAAGGAAAACUCCAGGGACACACUUUUCUCUCCUUACAAGAUGGGAAGAUUCGAUCUCUCCCACAGAGUGGUUCUGGCUCCGAUGACACGGUGCAGGGCGUUAAACGGCAUUCCAAACGCGGCGUUGGCAGAGUACUACUCUCAACGCACAACUCCCGGCGGUCUUCUCAUCUCCGAAGGCACCAUGGUCUCUCCCGGAUCUGCAGGGUUUCCACAUGUACCAGGAAUCUAUUCGGAGAAGCAAGUAGAGGCAUGGAAGCAAGUUGUGGAAGCAGUUCACUCUAAAGGAGGUUUUAUCUUCUGUCAAUUAUGGCAUGUUGGACGUGCUUCUCAUCCGUUGUAUCAACCUAAUGGAGGAUCGCCAAUAUCGUCAACAGACAAACCCAUCUCAGAAAGAUGGCGAGUCUUGUUGCCUGAUGGAUCACACGGGAAAUACCCGAAACCUAGGCCUCUGCACGCUUCGGAGAUACCUCGAGUGGUGGAAGAUUAUUGCAACUCGGCUUUGAACGCAAUCCGAGCUGGUUUCGAUGGGAUUGAGAUCCAUGGAGCUCAUGGUUACCUCCUUGAUCAGUUUAUGAAGAAUGGAAUCAAUGAUCGUACGGACCAAUAUGGAGGCCCCAUAGCAAACCGUUGCAGAUUUUUACUUGAGGUCGUGAAAGGUGUGGUAUCAGCCAUCGGAGCUAGUAAAGUUGGUGUGAGGAUAUCUCCAGCAAUAGACCAUCUCGAUGCAACUGAUUCUGACCCAUUAUCCCUAGGACUAGCAGUGGUUGAUUUGCUCAAUAAGUUACAGGAUGAUACUGGCUCGAAGCUUGCUUACCUUCAUGUAACACAGCCUCGGUACCACGCCUAUGGGCAAACAGAAUCUGGAAGGCAAGGCAGUGAUGAGGAAGAGGCCAAGUUAAUGAAGAGCUUACGUAUGGCUUACAACGGAACGUUUAUGUCUAGUGGAGGUUUCAACAAGGAACUUGGUAUGCAAGCCAUUCAGCAAGGGGAUGCUGAUUUGGUUUCCUUUGGCAGACUGUUUAUUGCAAACCCAGAUUUGGUUUCACGGUUUAAGGUUGCUGCUAAGUUGAAUAAAUAUGAUCGGAAGACGUUUUACACUCAAGAUCCAGUUAUUGGCUACACAGAUUAUUCUUUCUUGACUCCAAUUUCUCGCCUUUGAGUUUGAGAAACGAGAAGAUUUAUAGAUAUCUACAUCAAUUCAUUGAUGUUAUGUUAUUUAUUGAUGUUGUAAAAUGACAAUGAUAAUCAUAUAUAUUUUUAUAUAGUUUUUUUUUCUGGGUAGUUGCUUAAUUAUUAGAAGAAAUAUUAAAA